AUGAGCGGCAUUUCUGGUGAAGGUGGAGUUCCAGGUUGUGAUAACGCACGACAAACGAGAGAAGCAACAGAUAACGAUCAUGAUGUACAAGAGCGACCAUUUAUGUUUGAGAAUAAUGACGAGGAUGAAGUUGAAACAGAUAUCCCGGAGGAAUAUGUACGGAGGCCGAAGAGACAAAAGAUCACUGUGGGGGAGUCUAGUUCUGACGAGGAAAAUUCUGAGGAAUUUGAAGCUGAGCUGAAACUUGAGCUUACUCAGGCGAACGACAGGGCCAGUGAGGGAGAAGAUCUAGAGUAUGAGGAUGACGACUCGUUUGAGGUUGUUGGGGAGAACAGCGCUGCUUCUGUCGAUGGAGAGCAUGAUCAUAGCAAGCACUCCACAAGCGUUAUCCAACUGGAUGAUCGUAGUUUCAGAGCAGGCGUUGAUGCAAGAUACACGCCAGAUGCCAACUCUGAUAGUGAUGCUGAAGCAAGAUUACAACAAGUAGUCGAGAUAUCAGAUGAAGAACCGGCUGACGAACUUCAGGAAAAAAUCGUCAGACCUUCUGAGCAUAAGCGCGCAUCUGAUUACAAGUGUCCUAUUUGCUUUGACCCCCCGGAAGCAGCACUUGUCACGCCCUGUGGACAUGUAUUCUGCACCGAGUGUCUUUUCCAGAUGGUUAACAGUUCUAGAGGUUAUAGGAGAGCAGGCCAUUGUGCUCUCUGCAGAAAAGAGGUCAAGUUCAAGGAUGUUCGAAUGAUUAUCAUGAGAAAGAAGAGAGUACUGAAAAAUAGCUAA